UGAAAAUGCUGGUCAGUCAAAGAUCUGCUAAAUGUCGGGAGUUAAAGGGACCAACUCCUCAUUCGGUUGCUGUGAGGGCCAAGUUUCCCUUAUCAAGGCCACUAGACUACCUCACCUUGGAAAGACAAAAACAGGAAUUUGCCAGAGAAAAAUUUUUGGGGUUCUCUAAGUACCAGCAGACCUGGGACAUUAAAAACUCCUGGCUGAAGACCACUGAUCGACGCUACCUCAAGGAGACUGUUGAGAGACAAGUCAAAGCUGCUAUUAAACAAUACAACCUGAGCAUUGAUGAGAGGAGGGAAAGGUUGCGUAUGAUGUUGGAGGCAGAGGAACAGCAGUACCUGAAAGAGAUAGAAGAGAAGAAGGAGACUACACUGGAAAAACAAGUUAAGAUGCGGGAAAGAGCUAGAGCACUGAGGGAGCGAAGGGAGAGUGAAAGACAGCAAAUUGUUUCAGACAAACUGGAACAACUGUUCAGAGAACAGUGUGAGGAAAUCAGAGCUGUGGAGACCAAACGCAGACAAGAGGAAGUGUUUGCAGAACGUGCUGCUCAGGUACGAUUCAAUCAGGAGCUGCAGCAGCAGCAGCAGGAAGAAGAGCACCUUUUUGCUGAACUGUUUGAGGCAGACCGGCAGGCCAAGGAGCACAGAGAGAACCAGCGUGUUCAGAAGCAGCAGCAGAAAGACAUGGAGCAGCUGAGCUACCUGAGGGCUCAGAUGGAAAGUGCAAAGGAGCAGAGACAGCAAGCCAAGCAGCUUAAAGAGGAGGAAGCCCAACUCCUGCUUGAGGAGAGAGAGAUGCUGCGCCUGCAGAAAGAAGAAAUGCAGCAGCAGAAGAUCCAGGUUCAGCAGAUGAGACGUAGGCAGCUGGAUCAGGGUUUCCGGAUGAAAAUGAAACGCCUUGCCAGAGAACAGCAGGAGGAGCUGGCUGUGGACAUGAGCAUCUUGCAGCAGGUUCUGAAAGAGGAAACUGAUGAGAGACAAGAGGCAGCCCAGAGGAAGAUUGAGUUGCGUGAUGAGCAGCAAAGGUACCGGCAAUACUUGGCCGAAGAGCUGGAGAAGCAGAGGCAACAGGAGGCAGAGAGGGAGCAGCUAAUUGAGGAAAAUCUGAAAGAAACCUGGGCUAAAAGGGAGAAACAGAACCAAAUACACAGAGAGGCCAGGAGGCGGCUGAUGAGAGAUGUGAUUGAAGCACAGAACCUGCAGAUCCAGCGGAAAUUGGAUCUGAAAAUGCAAAAGAAAGACCAGUUAUCCAAGGAGAAAGAAGAACUAGACAGAGCAAUUGAAGAAAUAAAACUCAUGAAUGAGGAAGAGAAAAGACGUCACAAGCAGAUUUGCCAGGCCUACCAGGCAGACCUGCGGGCCCAGAUGAUGCACCAGGAGCAGCUACGUCGAGAGGAGAUAGCUCAGGAGGAGAGGGAGUACCAGCAUGGUCUGGUCAUGCAGGAGCAGUACAACAGGAUGAAAGAGAACAUCCUUUCCAGACCGAGGUCUCACACCACAGUCAGCCAACCUCAGAGAAGACAAGAGGGCUCAAAGUCUGCUACGACACACCGUCAAAACCUCGGAUAG